AUGGAGAUGGAACAGUCGAACCAGAACAUGUCUUCCAAUCGAAGUCACCGGCGGCGCGGGUCGCGCGCCGGGGUGGCGGCGCGGGCGCAGGUGGUGGGAAAGCCGAACCGGAUGGAAUCGCUCUUCUUCAAAACGAAAAUCUGCGCUUUUUGGCAGGAGGGGCGCUGUCUUCGAGGGGCUGGCUGCAAAUACGCCCACGGUGAUUCAGAGCGCCACGACGAGCCGGACCUCACGAAGACGGCGCUCUGCCGCAAGAUGCUGAGCGGGGGAGAGUGCAAAGACCCCACCUGCACCUAUGCCCACAGCAGGGACGAGCUCCGGAGCACCUCGGACGUCUACAAGACGUCCAUGUGUACCUUCUUCAAAUACGGCCGGUGUCAGAUGGGUUCCAGUUGCCGCCACGCGCACUUCGAGAGCGAGCUCCGCUCGCGGAAGGAGAUGGGCGAGGAUGGGGUAGAGGGGGAAGAGUCGGAUGACGACUUCGGCAUCAAUGAGGUUGACACGAAAUGGGAACGCUCGGUCACCAUGCCCCCGGCCAUCGGAGACAGGAUCUGCCCCAGCACACCAGAGAACGUGCCCUGA